AUGAAUUUUAAGAAAGGAACUUUAGAAUUACUUGGAUAUGAAAACAUAGAAUGCUCAAUUCCAACAACUUUACUUGUUAAUUUUUCUGCUUAUUUUACUGCUAUAUAACAAAAUCCUCUAAAAAAUGAAUCUCAAGAAAGUAUUUAUUACUAUACAACCUACCUUAGCUUCUGAAAAUGGUUUAAUAUUUGUUUCAGCAAUAAGUCAAAGUAAUACUCCAUAGAUGUCAUCUCAAUAAUUAAGGUCUGUACAAUCUAAAAGUUCUAAAGGAAAGAUCAGAACAUUUUUUCCUUAAAGUAAAUAAUCAUUUCAUAUUUUAAAUAGAAUGGCCUGUUCAAAAAGCUAAUAUGAGUCCAUUUUCUUUUUCAAAAUAUUCUCAUUUUCAAUCACUAACAAGUCGAUAUUGGUACUAUUUAGACAAUAGUAAUAAUGUUUAAGGUAAAGUUCUACCCUUAUCAUAUAUGUUUAGGCCCUUUUUCUUGUGUUGAAAUGGAUAACUGGUAUCGAAAAAAUCUACUCAAUCCUGAUUUGUUGAUUAGCUACAAAUCUCAUGAUCUAACUUCGUUUGUGAAAAUCAAAGAUAUCUUAAACGAUUCUGAAAAUCAAAAAUGUGAUAAAAUUUUACGUCAAUUAUAUAAAAGAGCUACUAGUGCUAAAAGAAUAAGUAUGUAACAUCUUUAAAUAUAGAAAAUAAAAAUUCAAGUGCUUCUCCUAUAAGUAAGGCAUCAACUGAAUUAUCUUCUAGUAACACAAACAGUUGCUAAAAAUCAAGACAACCCAUUUGGGGAGUCGAUACCGAUUAUUUUUUAGGUUUUUGA